GUUAGUACCGCUGGUCUGACGGGUGUAGUAUCUCCAGCUGGAGAGAGCAUCCCGUUCUGGAGCGUCUCGUUUGGACUCAGGAGCAGGAAGCAUGUCCUGGCUCUACCUCCGAGGGAUUGUUCUCACCCUGUGUUUGGCUCGAACUGCUUCAUCCCGUCUGCAUCCUGAGUGUGAAUACAUAUUUCAGCUGGAGAGAGAGGAGCGCUACUGCCUUCAGUACAUCACUGAGCAGGGAAACAGAAGCUCAGAAGGUUGUCAGCCGUUCUGGGAUGCUGUCGCCUGCUGGCCUCAGGCAGUCACCGGGGAAACUGUCCAGAGAGGCUGUCCUGCAGUUUUCUCCCUUUUCAGGAACAACACUGGAUCAGUGAGCCGAAACUGCACAAGCCGAGGCUGGUCAAAGCCUUUCCCACCAUAUCAUGUUGCUUGCAGUGUGGAAGAUGACAUUCCUGAGACCGAAGAGUCUUACUUCGCCACUGUAAAGCUGAUUUACACCAUCGGGUACAGCAUCUCUCUGGGCGUGCUGGCUGUCGCCGUGCUCAUCCUGUUGUUCUUCAGGAGGCUGCGAUGUGCCAGAAACUUCAUCCACAUACAACUCUUUCUGACUUUCAUCUUAAAAUCUGUGGCAGUGUUCAUAAAGGAUGCUACUCUGUUCUCGAGUGAUGACACCAACCACUGCACCCUCUCCACAUUUGCCUGUAAGGCUUCUGUGGUCUUCUGUCACUACUGUGUGAUGGCUAAUUUCUUCUGGCUCCUGGUGGAGGCGCUAUACCUCAACUCCCUUCUGCUCUCCUCCUUCUAUAGCCGUCGAUUUCUCUGGGGCUUCAGCUUACUGGGAUGGGGUGUGCCUGUUUUCUUUAUAGUUCUGUGGAUUGGAUCCAGGGUGUACUUCGAGGACACAGAAUGUUGGGACAUUAAUGAGGACUCACCCUAUUGGUGGAUCAUCAAGGGACCGAUCGUUGUCUCUAUAGCGGUUAAUUUUAUGCUCUUUGUGAACAUCAUCCGAAUCCUGAUGCAGAAGCUCAAUCCUCGUUUGAUCCAGUUCAAUAACUCCUCUCAGUACAGACGCCUGGCCAAGUCCACCCUUCUCCUAAUUCCUUUGUUUGGAACCCACUACAUGUUCUUCAAUUUUCUGCCUGACUACUUCAACAUAAGCCUGCGCCUCUGCAUUGAGCUCUGCAUGGGAUCCUUUCAGGGUCUUGUUGUUGCAGUCCUCUACUGCUUUCUCAAUCAAGAGGUGCAGAAGGAGGUCCACAUGCAGUGGUUAAGGUGGCAGGAGAGGAGCUAUGGGGUGGUUUCCCCUGCUGCAAAGGGCAGCCAGAUGGACACACCUUUCUGACGUCUCCUUGUAGGACCGUCUUUUACCUGUCAGGAUUUCUUCCUGCUCAUGUUGUGUCUAUCUAAUGAGUUGUGGGGCACACGGUGUUAUCGUUGGUGUUGUCGUUCAUGCAUCAUUGAAGCCUGGGAGUGCAUAACUUGUGUGGCAGACUUCUUCAUUGAUUACACUCCCUCUGCAGCCAGACAGGAAGAAGGGAGGUGAACUUUCCACAGGAGAGCGAUUGUGAAAUCCUUUGACAUUUUGCACACAUUCACAACCUACCUUGACAACUCCUGCCAGUUCUCAUGAGCAUCUUCCGAACUGCACAGUGACCACCACAAAAAUAAAUAAAUGAAUGGAGUUAUUUUUCUCUCUCUCAGAGGAAUCACCUGUUAAAUUAUUAUCAUUUAAAUUCUGCUGAGCCAGAACCAUAGCUGGAUAAUUAUAGAGCUGUCAUUAAAAGAGGAAAAUGUUAAUUGUGUAUUUAUUUUAAUCAAGAAAAACAACCAGGAACACAUUUGCAUUUUAAUGUACUCGUGUUCAGCAUUUUUAAGGGUUGUUUGCAUUCUCCAGCAAUGCCUAGCUUGUUGACAUGUUAUAUUCUAGAUUUAGCUUUUGUCAAGUGACGCACAAGGACAAAUGAUCGUGAUGAAUUUUGUGCUGUUUAUUGGUUUUGUUUCCUGGGUCGCAUCUCUGCUUUACAUGUUCAACACGUAUGCACACGUUUGUGCUUUCUGUGGUCUUUUUCACUGAUUUAUCCGAUAAUUUAUUCGGCUUCUCUUAAUGAAAACUUGCUAAAUCUUGAGGCCAGAUUCAUUGCAGGGUUCUAGUAUUUCUAGUUAUCUGCUGCCAAAUGCUUUUUCUGUCUUGCGCUAAUAAAUCUUUAUCAGUAUUCACUGUACUGAGUUGGCUUUUUGAAUGCAUGGUGACAUUUGUUUAUUUGUGCAGUUCAACCCUGCAGCAUUUACGCUUUUUAGUUAGUCAAUAUACUCAUUUAUAACCUUAGACUGAGUGUAGGCGCUAUAACAGACACAUGUUUUGUACUUCCUCUACUUGAUUACCCUUUCUGUUUAUCUGAACAUAUUGACUCGGUGAGAUAAAGAGGUUCCGUAGCUCCAGGCAGAAACAUUUGUUCAUGAGGCAGCUAAUGAUGUGAGAAUACCCUAAAACAUAUUUGAAAAAUACCGGUAAAAGCUAAUGUUGUGACGUCAUUCAGCUACAAGUAGUUUAUGUCAUUCUCAGUCAAUGAAAAGAUUGAAACAGUCAUUUGAAAUGUAUUGUUUGCUUCACUGGAUGAGCUUAAUAAACGUUCUUUUUUUAAAGCAGUGGACUAAAGUUGGUCAGUUUGUGU